AUGGAACCUGGCGACUGUGACGGGGACAACACUGCUGUAUCUGCUCUGCUUCAGGGUGGUGUCCAAAGGGUUGUCAUUGGAAUGAGACACCCUUUGCAACAUUUUAGAGGCAAUGCUGUUCGUGCACUCAGAAGUCAAGGAUUGCAGGUUGAUCUUCUCGGAGAGGAUCUCACCAGUAAGCUCAUAGAGGAUGCUCAGAAAGAAUGUCUUCUUGUUAAUGCUCCUUUGAUUUGUAGAGCUCAUUCGCGUGUUCCCUUUUCUGUUCUCAAGUAUGCUAUGACCCUUGAUGGUAAAAUUGCUGCUAGUACUGGUCAUGCAUGGUGGAUAAGCAGCAAGAAAUCUAGAAAACUAGUUUUUGAGUUGCGAGCUAGAAGCGAUGCAAUAAUAGUUGGAGGAAAUACAGUUCGCAGGGACAAUCCAAGAAUGACAGCGAGACAUGGAGUUUUUUGGGAGUGCGGAGGAACAUUGGCUGCAUCUGCUAUUUCAUCUGGAGUAAUUCACAAGGUUUAUGCAUUUGUUGCUCCUAAAAUUAUUGGUGGAAAGAAUGCACCAUCUCCUGUCGGUGAUCUUGGGAUGGUUGAGAUGUCACAGGCUAUAAAUCUAGUUGAUGUUUGCUAUGAGCAGAUUGGGCCUGACAUGCUUGUUAGCGGAUUUCUUCAACCGAUACCAGACACGGCACCGACAAUCCCAUCACCAGAAAAAACUUUUGUUGUUGACCCUACUGUCUCACGUUAUGAAUCCGGCAUCAUAUUUUUCUACAAAACAUGGGAUCCUUAUGGUGCAUUGUCAAAUUUCUCUCCUCAUCCCAUUCAAAUGCCUGACGAAAAUGGCGAUAGUGUGACUUGGUUGAGUGUGCAACAUUACUACCAGGCGCACAAGUUUGUUGGAGUGGAUGAUACUGCUGCGCGGGAUUGUAUUGAAAGGAUCAAAUCUUCAAAAAGUCCAGAAGAAGCUGCAAGAAUAGGAAGGUCAAUGCAAAAACAGCAUCCUGAUCUGAUAAGGCCUGACUGGGACAACGUCAAAAUCGAUGUUAUGUACGCAGCACUGAAAUGCAAAUUCUCCACAUAUCCGCGGCUGAGUUCUAUGCUAGUUUCAACUGCUGGUUCGGUUCUAGUUGAGGCUUCUCCACAUGAUCUCUUCUGGGGUGGCGGUCGAGAAGGAGAAGGCUUGAAUUAUCUUGGACGACUUUUGAUGAAGUUGAGAUCAGAGUUUGUUGAGGAAUCAUCAUCAUCAUCAUCAUCAAUUGUUUUGACUUGGACAUAA